AAUGUCUGUAACCUAUGAUUUCACCGGAAAGGUAGCUCUGAUAACUGGUUCGAGUUCGGGUAUCGGUGCGGCCACUGCUCAACUGUUUGCCAAAUCGGGUGCCAAUGUUGUAGUUACCGGUCGUAAUGCCGAUCGUGUGGCCAAAGUGGCCAAACAGUGUACAGAUGUAUCGCCGAAACAGUUGACUGCACUGGAAGUUGUCGGCGAUCUUAAUAAACAAGAGGAUUGCGAUCGACUAAUUCAGACAACUGUCCAAACGUUUGGCAAAAUUGAUAUAUUGGUCAACAAUGUCGGUUUGGGUAAUAGAGCUGAUGUUACUAAAGAGGAUUACUUUCAAAAAUUUCAAAACGUUAUGCAAACUAACUUGAAUUCAGUGGUAUAUCUGACCCAUAAAUCUGUUGAACAUUUGGCCAAAACUAAUGGCAAUAUUAUUAAUAUAUCUAGUGUUGCCUCAAAAGUAUCAGGGGGUAACGGUGCGUCACCCUAUCAUAUAUCAAAGGCAGCACUGGAUAUGUUUACCAAAUGUAUGGCCGCAGAGUUGGGACCCAAACAUCAUAUCAGAGUUAAUUCAGUCAAGUAA